AUGUCGAGCCCACUUGUAGACGUCUGGGAGGCUGCCGCGUCCUCGCCCUUCAGCCCUGCUGUCGGAAAGAACACGCAGUUUACAGUCGGCUUCGUGCUGCUGGCCAUCUCUCUCAUCUUGACUACCAUCUUCGGCUUGAGUACGCGACAUAGCCACGCCCCUCUAGCGAACCCUACUCAUGCGCACACAGACCGCUCCUUCAUCAACCUCCCCGUUCUCGGUGUUCCCGCGUCAUUAGCAUUCGGCUUCGGCGCCGUCUACAUGAUCUGUGCAGUCGGCGUAUACGUCUAG